AAAAGAAGGAGGGGAGAGAGUUGAAAGGAAGGAGUGUUGGGCGAUGGUGUUAAGAUACCCAGUUAUGCAGGGAGUUUGUUUUGGUUGGCAGCAAUGUGAGUUUCAAUCUUCUACCCUUCCUCUUCUUCUCCAUCAUGGCAGCAGCAGUGUCACGUCAAAUAAUCGAAGCAUGUGCGAGAGAGACAAGAGGGCUACUUGAUAAGACAGGCCCAGAAGUCACGGAAUCACAUCAUUGCAGAGUUGCGCAUCUCUCUCUCUCUCUCCGAAUACUGUUUGAUUUUCUGGGUAUUUGUGCUUAUAGACUUGCAUCCAUCCUCCGCAUUGCUUGCUACUACAUCAAAAGAGUGUCGUAAGAAAGAGACGGGAAAAGGGGGUCAGGCGCGUCCAUAUCAUCUUGUCCCGUGUUGUCGUCGAGCGUGGAAUCGUUUUGUUGUCAAGCCGUCGGGAGUACGCUGCCAGGAACCGUUUGUCGUCAUCCUUCGAAAAGCAGAAGAAGAGAAGAGAAGAUCAGUGUGCUUCCUCAAGGAGAUGAGUUUGGUU